GUUCCUUUUUUAGCCCUUUUGGGGUAAGACUGGACGAGAUUGUGCAGGCGAACGGAAGUCCCUGAGAUUGAAGGAGCUGCCCAUUAGUGCAGAGGAAAGUAUGGAGGAGACCCAGCAACGAAAGAGAAAGAAAACGAGAAGGGGCUCUGAAUUAUGUCGCUCCACGCCUCUCGAAUCGGCCGAUGAAGACGCUGCUCUGUGUCUGCUUCUAGCUUCAGUCUCCAAGAUCAACACUGGAGACCACUACGACCCUCUUUUUUCCUUGGCGUUAGUCAUGAAAUGCUUGCGAAAAGUUCUCUCCUUUCUCUCGAAAUUGGAUGACCCAGGUUCGAGCUUUCGGAGGAUACCCCUCACUGCCCUUUUCUCUGUGCUUCCUGUUCUGCUCAAAUCCAACAAUCCGGAUAUUGCCUGUCUUUGUGCUAAGGUUGUGGGAAUGGCCUCGCUCUGUGUGUUCGAAAUGAACCAACAAAUCGCUUCGGAUGCGGAAAUUUUGGAAAGCCUAGUAUCGGGUUUGAGGAGUUCAAGUAGGAGAGUCAAAUUGAGUGCGUGCUGUGCCGUUUCGGAUUUGUCGACUAGUUUGGUUGGGCGGCAGAGGCUUCUUGAGCAUUCUGCUUUGGAGACUCUCAUGGUUUGCUAUCUUCAGGUGGCCAAAUAUUUCGUGGAUUCUGUCGCAUUAUUCCCAGUGGACAAUGGAUUCAAUAGGAGUCACAUUACAGCUGGAAAGGAACAUGAACUUCCUCUUUCACUUCUCGACGCUGUUAUUGUACUUGUUAACUCAUGUAAUGUCAAGCAAUUGGAAAGAGUUCCAUCUGACCUCUCUGAAAGUUUCUUGUUCCUUUUGAAAGAGCUGUGGAUUAAACUGCAUCCUAGAAUGUACAACUCUUUGGUGUGCAGCCAGCAAAAAGACUUGUUAAGCAAUAUGACAGUCAAUGAUCUGGCGGAGAGCAUUUUCAGACUUUCAACCAGAGUCAAAUGUGCCACUUUUCUGCCAAUUGAUCAAAUCAAAAGAAGCAUUUUUGGGUUACCUCAGUCUAGUUUCAAGGAUUUUAUUGUGGGCUAUUGGGAAGUUUCACCUUUUCUCAUAAGCAAGACCUCAAGGGCUGUGGAUGAGGAGGAUAUAUUUAACUCUUUUUUGAAUUCCAUUAAUCCUAAAGAUGUUGUUCACCAUCUUCUCUCUUCUGUCCUCCAUUGUGCAUUCUCCUGCCCACCUAUUGCUUCUGAUGAGCUGGACAUCUUCAAUUUCCUAAAAAACGAGAGAGAUAGCUUGGGUAUGCCCAUAAUCUACCAGCAGGAUAUAAGGGUGCUCAAAGCAGAGAGACUCUCUAACACUGAGAAACAUCUUUUCCUCGAGAACUUGAGUUCUUGCACUGAGUCUCAUCAUGUUUUUAGUUUUGAUGAUGUAUUCACAUGUGAAGAAGCAUACAAAGAUGGUUAUACAGUGGCCAUGCGUGGUAUAGAGUUCCGCUUUAAGUCCAUCGCUGCUAUCACUGAAGGCUUAGCGUCUUUGUUUGGUCAACCGUCUGUAGGUGCCAAUCUAUACUUGACACCACGCAAUUCUCAGGGGUUGGCACGGCACUACGAUGAUCAUUGUGUGCUUGUGUGUCAACUUAUGGGAACGAAACAGUGGACAAUUUCCUCUCCAAGGAAUAAGCUUUUACCUCGUUUAUAUGAACCGCUUGAUGGUUCCCAAGGUUCAAAUGUUCAUACUGUACCAAAUGAAUGUACACAAAUUCUGCUCAAGGAAGGAGAUAUAUUGUACAUUCCUAGAGGUUACAUUCACGAGGCUCAUACUACUAAUGAUGUACAAAAAGAUUCUGCUGGUCUUUCCUUACACCUAACACUUGCCAUUGAGGUUGAAGCUCCAUUUGAGUGGGAAGGAUUUGUUCACAGUGCUUUGCAUCUUUGGUUUCAGGACUUGAAGCAACAUGUAUCUUCUGAUUCGAUGACUGGGACUCCAUAUGCAGCUUGCAUCAGGCUUAUGCACUUUAUGGUCAUGUUACUUGGUGAUGCUGAUCCAAUGUUUCGGAAAGCUUGCUUGGUUAAUUCAAUAUGUUUUUCACGGGACACCAACCACUGGCUUUAUCAAAGCCAGGUUGCCAUUUUCAGAUAUAUAAUUGAUAAGAUUAGCGAGUCAUCUAAGUUCAUGGAGACACUGCAGAGUUUGGAGAGGUUGAUUCAGGUGGAGGAAGACCCGUUUAGAAGAAUAAGAUGGCUUGAAAGUUUCUACUGCAAAGAAGAAGAAGCCAAUGAAAGGUACGAGGAUUACGUACUUCAUGUAGAUGCAAAACACAUAUACGAUUCACAUCCUGAGGAAAAAGAAACACUAGAAGCAGCUUUUUUUACUGUGAAAUCUGAGUUCUGUGAGCAAGUGUUGUUGGAGGAUGUAGUUCCUAGGUACAGGUUGCUGCUGGAGAAGUACAGCAAAGUGAGGAAGCAAUAUUUGAAUGGAAUGCUUUCGCUGCACCGUGACUUGGAUUAGAUUAAAAUUUUUGUUUUGAUCUCUCGGUGCGACCAUGAAUGAACUUUUAACCUUUUUCUAACUUGUCCUGCUCUAACCCUUUCCUUUUUCCAAA